UGAGGUGAAGGCGCCACGUCGGCAGAACCAGCAGGGUGAAAAGAGAGCUGUGCUGUCCUACCUGUGACUGUGUGCGCCAGGAGAGCUCGGAAAGCUGCACGCUGAUGAAAGCGUGAAGAGCCAGAGGAGGAAGAGAGAGGAAGAAAAAGAAGAGAGCAUUAACAGUGAGGGCAGCAGCUUUCACGCACACAGAGAAAAACUCACUGAAUUAAAAAAAAAAACAAAAAAACAUCAGAGAGGCAACAGAAGCUGCUCCAGUCUCAAGUUUCUCUGUCAGGUGUGUUCGUGGAGAAGCACUGGGAACAAUGGUGAAGAAUGUAAACAGUGUUAAUGUGGAGCCCCAGCCUGGGACCAGCGUGGCCUCGGACGAAGCUGAAUCCACCGACAGCCAGUCCGCAGAGGAUUCUGGUAAAGACCACGCGGCGGCUCCUCCUGGCAUGAUGUGGCGGGUGACUGGCGGCCUCUUCAAUGUCACCAAGGGCGUUGUUGGGGCCGCUGUGGGUGGAGUGGCCUGGGUUGGAGGCAAAAGCCUGGAGAUCACAAAGUCUGCUGUGACCACAGUGCCCUCGAUGGGGGUGGGGUUGGUGAAGGGCGGCGUCUCUGCCGUGGCCGGCGGCGUCUCCACCGUCGGCUCGACGGUAGCCAGUAAAGUGCCGUUCACGGGCAAGAGGAAAGACAAGGCUGAGUGAAGAGGAGGAUGACGACGAUGACCGUGAAAACGAUUGAUGGACUUGCCCCGCCUUGAGCCAACAGAGAGGCUGUCAGCUGAUCUCUGACUGCCAAUCAGACACCACAGUGCCUUUCUCCGUUCUCUCGUCAGCACCUAAAGAUUCAGUAGUACUAUGAUAUCAUGACAUCCCUGAAUUACCAGCAAGAAGGUCACCAAAAUGCUUCAUACAAUCCUCCCCUGUCCUGGAGUGGGCUUUGUUCGUGGCUCCAGGCAGGCUGCAUGUACUCCAGCACAUGGUGGACUUCACGAUAUAAAUACUUUUAUCUGUUUACAAUUCAGACUGAGGCUGCUCCGGACCUCUUUCUGCUCUUCACUCUUUCCAAUCUACAGACAUUUGGUGAAAUGCUUUAGAGUUUUUAGUCUUUGUUUUGCAGUGGUAUUGAAGUUGUGCCGAAACCUGCGUGACAUGAAAUGUGUGUGUUGAGAAAAAUCAAAUGUUUCAGCGUUGGAAACGUUCCUCAGAGAACAGUCUUGAGCCUUUGCAGCGUCUGACCUUAAUUGUAUGGAAGAGCCUGGGGCUGCCCCCCCCCCUCCCCCCAGCCGCCUUGAGUCUGCAUGUAGAAACACUUCUCUGUAACGCUGCAGACGCAAUCGCACCAGGACUGCUCAGCUUUGUUUUCCCACCAACAUGCUGGUGUGAAAUGCUGAAGCAGCUCUUUUAAAAGAAGAAAACUUUAAGCAUUAGAUCCACUGAUGGUUGUGCGAUGGGUCAGACCGCGUCUUUAGUCAGAAGGUUGUCACUGUUCUGUAGUGCAGGUAAAGCUCAUUAACAUUUAUCUGGAAUAUAAGCCUUUCAAUGCAACAUCUGGAGCGACUGGUAGCUCUUGCUGAUGGGUCUGAACUAUGUGAAUGUCUUGUAUGUGUUCUUUUAUUUUUCUCCAAUAUAUCAAUAAAAUAGUUUGGAAGGUU